UUGCAAUAGUUGUGAUUAAAUGUUAGUUAUAAUAUUAAAUUAAGUGCCUACAAGUGCCAGUGCAGUAUUUACAGUUAUUAAAUGGUGCAUUAUGAUGUUGUGUGUGAAUGUAAGUGUGCGAAUGAUGGAAUGGCAACGCAACAAGUAAAACCUAAUAAUAAAUAAAUACAUAUGCAUAUGUAUGUAUAUAGAUAAAUGUACAUACAUAUGCUUGCACAAGCAGACAAACAAUAUACAUACAUACAUACAUCACAACAACUAAGCAACACAAUAUUAGCAACAAAUAAUAAUGAGCCCCUUUGGUUCAAAGAAGAACCGCUCAUUGCCGGUACGCGUGAGCACCUUUGAUUCGGAGCUGGAGUUUGAAUUGGAGCCGCGCGCCACUGGCCAAGAGCUCUUUGAUCUCGUUUGCCGCACAAUUGGUUUGCGUGAAUCGUGGUACUUUGGACUGCAAUAUGUCGACACGCGCAACAAUGUCUCCUGGCUCAAAAUGGACAAAAAGGUCAAGGAUCAGCAUGUUGGCAUACAUACGAAUAACAGCAUAUAUGUGUUUAGUUUCUAUGCCAAGUUCUUUCCAGAGAAUGUGAGCGAGGAACUGAUACAGGAGAUCACACAGCAUUUGUUCUUUCUGCAAGUAAAGCAGAGCAUACUCUCCAUGGACAUCUACUGCCGUCCAGAGGCAUCAGUGCUGUUGGCCUCGUAUGCGGUGCACGUGCAAUACGGUCCGUACGACUACGAGACCUAUAAGGACGGCAUGCUGGCGGGUGGCGAGCUGUUGCCCAAGGGCGUCACCGAUCAGUACCAGAUGACGCCCGAAAUGUGGGAGGAGCGCAUCAAAACUUGGUAUAUGGAUCAUGAGCCAAUGACACGUGAUGAAGUGGAAAUGGAGUAUCUGAAAAUCGCACAGGAUCUGGAUAUGUAUGGCGUUAACUAUUUUACUAUUACAAAUAAGAACAAAACCAAAUUGUGGCUGGGCGUAACGGCCGUGGGACUUAACAUCUACGAUGAACGCGACAAGCUAACCCCAAAGACAACGUUCCAAUGGAACGAGAUACGACACGUUAGUUUCGAUGACAAGAAAUUCACGAUACGUCUAGUAGAUGCCAAAGUGUCGAAUUUUAUAUUCUACUCGCAGGACUUGCACAUUAAUAAGAUGAUACUCGACUUGUGCAAGGGCAAUCACGAUCUGUAUAUGCGACGACGCAAGCCUGAUACUAUGGAAAUACAACAGAUGAAGGCGCAGUCCAAGGAGGAAAAGCAGCGUCGGCAGAUCGAGCGUAAGAAGUUCAUACGUGAGAAAAAGCUGCGCGAGAAGGCGGAGCAUGAGCGUUACGAGCUGGAGAAGCGUUUGGAGCACCUGCAGGACGAGAUGCGUAUGGCAAGCGAUGCGUUGCGGCGCUCGGAAGAGACUAAGGAGCUUUACUUUGAGAAGAGUCGCGUCAACGAGGAGCAAAUGCAGCUAACCGAAUGCAAGGCCAAUCACUUCAAGACCGAAAUGGAUCGGCUGCGCGAGCAUCAGAUGAAAGUGGAACGCGAGAAACAUGAUCUGGAGAAGAAAAUACGCGAUGCCGACUUUUAUGUGCUGCAGCUGACCGUGGAGAAGGACAAACGUGAGGCGGAAACUGAAAAGUUAAAGAAGGAGCUCAUCUGUGCCAAAAUGGCGGAGCGCGAAGCCACCGCACGCUUGCUAAGUUUUCUCAAUAGCGGUCGCAAAUCCUCGACGGACAGUUUACUCACCGCCUCCGCCGUUUCGCAGGCGAAUGUAAAUACAGCAGCCAGCAUCGCAGCCAUAAGCACACCAUCGCUAACGACAAGCAGCUCCACCAACGACAUGGAAACCGCUGCCGGUGCUGAGCUAACGACUGCAGCAGCACAUUACAUGGUCAUGGGCGACAAUUCGAGCGGCAUUUCCGACGACUUUGAGCCCAAGGAGUUUAUACUGACCGACAAUGAAAUGGAGCAGAUAACAAACGAAAUGGAGCGCAACCACAUGGAGUAUUUGCGUAAAUCCAAAAAGCAAGUGCAAAACCAAUUGCAAACGCUGCGCAGCGAAAUUGCGCCGCAUAAAAUCGAAGAGAAUCAAAGCAAUCUGGAUAUACUGAGCGAGGCGCAGAUUAAGGCUGGCGAGAACAAAUAUUCAACGCUCAAGAAACUAAAGUCCGGUUCGACCAAGGCGCGUGUGGCCUUCUUUGAGGAGCUUUGACCACAAGACUCCCAGCUCCAUUCACUGUAUGCUGUACUAUAUUUAUGUAUAACUGUAUCCUGUAUCUGUAUCUGUAACUCAACCUUAUCAACCAUGUCAGUAGCUCUAAGCACAUCUUGUGGCAUUUUGCGAACGCGUCCACACUUCAACUAAAUGCAGAUUAUAACUCACAAUAUGCACCAACCUGUUGGCCUUAGGCUGCUGCUUGAUAUUAACAAUUUAAACUUUGUUAAAAGCCAACAUCAAACGUUCUUGUUCAAAAGCAAAUAAAAACUAUUUUAUGCAAAAAAAGUUAUUAU